ACCGCACUCUCCGUUCAGCAUCGCUCAGCAAACAGCGCCAGCGUCUGUAGCCAGCUAGCCCAACGAUGGAGGGGAGAAGAGGGGUUUCAUUCAUGAAAUAUGGGUCCGUUUUGUCCCUUUUCGUGGUGUUGUUAGCCUACUGGUUCCGGUCGCCGCAGAAAGCAGUGCUGGACAACCGGCUGGACGCCGUCCUGUCCUCCUUACUCCGGGCUGAACGCAAAGUCGGGGUGAACAACGCCGCCAAGCCAAAAGUAGCCGUUGGUUUCGGUGGAUGUGUGGACCUGAUAGUGGACGGCGUGUCAUUGCUGAACAAGAUAGGUCUGUCCUCCACAGACCAGCCCCUACAUCAUGACUACAUAGAGAAUGCUCAGCAGCUGGCCCAGAGCUUUGCCUACUUCUUUGCCCCGGGAGCUGCUGCAGAGCGUUUUGUGAUGAACGACACUCUUUUCAGUGAGCUGGUCGAGGCGUCCCGUGAGUUGCCUGGCAACAGGUGGACAGUGGGUGGCAAUGCCCCUGUAAUGGCUGGUCGCAUGGCAACCGAGGGAUGUGACGUGUUGCUAGGGGGAAGCUUCAGCCCUGACUUCACUGAUGUCCUGUCCCAGCACAUCACAGUGGCCGGUAACACUGUGGAGGAGCCAGACAUUCAUCUGAUCCUGGAGUAUCCAUCUGGAGCCAGCUGGGGGCCCUACACCUCACGCAGAGCCAACAGGUACAUAGUCCAUAGUGAUGACCACAACCCCUACCUGGACUCUAUGGAACAUUUUGCUGAGAAGCUCAAAGACUUCAAUGCAGAUCUACUGGUGGUGGGUGGGCUGCAGAUGAUGGACAGCUUCCCCUUCCAGCCAGGUGAGCGUAAGGCUCUCCUCUCCCGCCUGGCCACCCUCCUGUCCACCUCUUCUCCGCAGAUUGGUGUCCAUUUUGAAAUGGCCAGUUUUGUAGAAGAGGACCUAAUGGAAGACCUCCUUCAACUCGUCAUCCCCCAUGCGGACUCUUUAGGGAUGAAUGAACAGGAGCUUCCCAACCUCCUCAGCCUGCUGAAGGGCUCCAACAUCACGGUGCUCUCUGAUCCCAACCCUCGUGUAGCUACUGUCCUUGACCAGAUGAGAGAGUUGUAUCGCCUCAUCAACCAGCGCUACAAGGACAUGGGGGACGCUGAUGAGGAAAAUGGCACAAACAGUGCAGGUGCCAGGGCCAAGCCGCUGACCCGGCUCCACGUCCACACGCUGGCUUUCCAGGCCAUGAUUGUGAAACGUGGCUCCCAGUGGAAGAACACCAUGUCUGCCACCGCCAAGGCCUCGCUGACAGCCUACCGCCACGUCUGUGGCUCUGUCGACAUCGACCCCAGUAAAGCACGGCUCAUCAUGGAUGACUCGUUCUCCAUUAGCCGGCAGGAGGGCAGCCAGCGUAUCCCUCUGCAGGAGACCAGGCCUGUCAGCUGUUGGGACGAGGAAGACUACCAAAUCUGUGUGGCGCCAGUGCUGGUGUGCACUGAGGUUUACCAGACUGCAGGAGGAGGGGACAACAUCUCAGCUGCUGGACUGGUGCUGCAGAUCUAAAGAAGGAAACUGAAUUCUUUAUCUGUGUAUGAGGUUAACAAGAUGUUAGUAAUCAGUGUGGCUAGGGAAACUUGAUUUAGGUGUGACACGAAAUGGCCAUUGGUGGCAACUAUGGCUACCACUUGAGGUCAGCUAAUGCUACCCACCCUUUCAGCUGAUGUCCCACAGGAGUUUAUAGGGAAAAGUGAUUAGUAUCACUUAUUGUUGUCAUGUUGGGUUACAGUGAUUUGGCAGUCAGGUGAGACAACUGGGUUUUAAAUAUAUACGGGUUCAGCUACUAGCUGGAUUUUUGAGGCAGAUAAAACAGAGGGGCAGUGAAAAGGCUGUACAAUCAAAGGGGCGGUAUUGUAAGUUGAGUGGCCGUUCCUAAACAGCCUUAUGUGGAUAUUUGAAUGUGCGUACAUGCAUGUCAAGGGUGGGUUUGUGGAGGGGGUCAGUGAUUUCAUCCUCCUUUUAUUAAUGCUAAAUGGAUAAGAAUAUAUUCUUUGAGGAAGUGCAGAGUCCUAUAUGCAUCCAGUUUGUCUGAUUUCCAGAGCAAACACUCUUGACUGAGCAAACACUGUCCUGCUGUGUUCCACUUCAUAUCAGAAACCCAAAGAUUCAGCAACUCUGCCAAGUCAUUGUAGUCCAUCCUCUCACUGAAUUGCCUAUUUCUCCAGAGAAUCAUGAGCCUCUAGGAGAGUUAGGCCUCAGCAGGGAUGACAUAAAGAGGGAAGGGGCAAGGAUAAAGUCAUGUAGACAGCAGGAUAUGCUAUUUGACACUUGGUAGCGGUAGUGGUACACUAGAUAAUGGGUUUUUCCUGUCUAGUUCCAGGUCAGAAAACCCUAAUCUCUCAAGUCGCAAUUAAUCAAUGAGUCAAAAUCUCUAGGUCUGUCCAGUGAGCAGAGCUUUAGUCAUCAUUGCUUUACCACUGAGGCAUUUCCAGAGGGAGCCAACCUGAGGCCUGGAAAGUUUACAGAUGCUGUCAGUGCCACAACUUAGUUAAAAGGCUCUACCCCUGCCUCUUCCUUCUCCACUCUCAUUCCAUUCUCAAAAAUAAAGGAUAUAUUAAUAUCCAGAAAGCCAGCAAGGUGGUGGCGUAUCUCACACGUUCCUGAGGUGAUCAGCUCCUUUCAUCCGGAUUGGAAACUUCCCAUAACAUGUGAAUGAUUAGCAUUCAGGUUUUGAGUGUGUUUGAUUUUUUUUAUGGUGUAAGAUUGUCAUUCCUCUGUGUUCCCAUUGCAGUGCAAUAGUACAAAAGCAGUGUUUAGUGACCACUGUUAGUAGCUGGGUUUGAUGUUGCAAGUUUCCCCUCUAGCUCCAUCUUCUCUUUCUUCUCUUCUUCUUAUAUUUUACCUUUUCAACCUAUCCACUGUCUUCCUUUUUCUGCCUCUUCUCUGUACUGACCAAUGUUUGAGUCUUUUACUUUUUGCUCUCUCUGUAGCUCUUGAAGGACCAAAUAAGUGGCAUGGACUGUCCCAAACGACUUCCCAGUGAGGGAGAAGUCUGUUGAUGGCAGCUGGUUCUCACAUUUUAUGGCUGGAUGGAUAUACUGGAACAGAAAAUCUGUUGUUGUUGUUUUUGUCUGUGUAGUUUUAUGAAUUUUGCAUUAUUGAACAGCAAAGUGGAUACAGAGGUGUUAGCAUACGACUCGAGACUUUGAACGUGACUUGAACGCAGGGUGUCACUAGUCCAUGAUACACCCUGCAGAGCCACAGAUCUCACACCGUGCAAUAUUAAGCCUUCAUCUCAGUCACAGAAGGAUUUACAGCCACCUUUCCUCUUCUUUGAAUCCAGCUCAGCAUGAUGUUCCAUUUCCUUUCUGUGUGUUUGUUCUACUGGAGGUCACCAGUGGUCAGGCCUUGACCCAAUUCCCAUUUCUUUUCUCACACACACACUCAUCCCAAAGCCACUACUUCAUGAAUUCCUAUCUCGAAUGUAAUGCGGAGAUAAAAAGCAGAGGUGACAGUAUGGCCUCGUCUCUCAGGGGCCAAGUUCAUAGUCCUUUCAUUCCUUCAGGUUUGGGAUCAGUUCAGUUUAACACUGGCCACAUCAGAAUGUGACUUUUACUUUAAAAACAAACAAAAAAAAAAAACAAUAAAUUAAAUGGUAAUGCUGACAAUUUAAAAUAUAUUUUAGCUCUGUUUAUUUACUGUACAGGUUGGGCUUAAAUGGGACUGAUGCCAAUUCUGACUUCAUUAGUUUUCUCAUUUUUAAGGAAACAGGCAUUCCAUCAUGGAUCCAACUUCCCAGUCAUUGAGUUCCUGAAUGUUCUUUAAAAGUAUACCUUGACAUUUAAGUUGACUAUUUUUCCUCACCUGGACAAUUCAACUAUUGUUUUUUUAUAGGUUUUUUGUUCUUGAUUUCUCAGUGGCUUUUCUGCUAGCGCUUCCCAUUGGGUUUCAGUGGUGAAUGCCAGCAAGUCAUUUUGUUACAAUGCAGCUACCGUCAGGUCAAGAAAAAUUAAAACUUUAAAGGUAAAGGUAUCCAUAAGGGAAUGUUUUUUUCCUAUGUAACAAGAUGGUCUUGUUUUCAUGCUGCUCUUGGACUAUGUUGAUGACAAAUGAGCCUUUUAUUUUCUGAUUUUGUGUGUUUAGUAAAAAAAAAAAAAAAAAAAAAAAAAAAA